CACUUAUACUACCACCACACUACCACUACAAAGCUUUCACAUACAUACUACUACAUCUCCAAAAAUGGAAUUGCAAACUCCCACCCCCAAAUCCAUCCUCCUCAUCAACGGCCCCAACCUCAACCUCCUGGGCACCCGCGAACCCCACAUCUACGGCAGCACCACCCUCUCCCAAAUCGAAUCUUCAUGCGCCGACCUAGCCACCUCUCUCUCCUGCACAUUCGCCUCAUUCCAGUCCAACCAUGAGGGCGCCAUCAUCGACCGCAUCCACGCCGCGCGGGGCUCCGUCGACGCGAUCAUCAUCAACCCCGGCGCAUACACACACACCUCCGUCGCGAUCCGGGACGCGUUGCUGGGUGUAUCCAUUCCAUUCAUCGAGCUGCACGUGAGUAAUGUGCAUGCGCGGGAGGAGUGGAGACAUAAGAGCUUUUUCAGUGAUAAGGCCAGUGGGAUUAUUGUGGGUUUGGGCGUGCAAGGGUAUAGGGUUGCGGUUGAAUAUGUGGCGAGGAAUUGGGCACCGUUGAAGAAGGAGGGGGGAAAGUUGUGAUUUUAUAGAGAUUCUAUCUUUUCAUCUUCUACUUUUUUUUUUCAUGAGAAAUGAG